GGACGAGCACUUGUUCUGUGCCAGUAUACGGUGAGCUGUGAAACGUACAGUUCCGCCGUAACCGGAUCUCGGGAACAGAAAAAAAGAUUCAUCUGAAAAUUUGUACGUAACUCACAAUCGGAAAUUCGGAAAUGCGAUUUUCUUUGGUGCGUUUAGACGGUCGAUCUUUCAAGUGGAAUUAAGUAUUGAAGUGAUGUUUAGUGCAUCUAGGAACUAUUGAAACUGAAGACCCAAAGGAGUCUCGUUUACACAUUAGCACCGUCUGGAGGUCUCAUUGCUAUUAUCCUUGGAAGUGUCGAAUGUCAACUAGCAGAGCAGCCAUUAUAGCGAAAAGAGGACCUUAAAAUAGAAGCACGUCGGCUUCCCCAUUUGAAAUAUACCAGCAAUAGGGACAACAAAAAAAGUCCUUUCCAAAAGCGAGCGCCCAGGUUGAGUACGCAAGGAUUGUGCACGAAAGCACUUUUCUCCAUUAUUCUGCGUUACAUCAAGCCAGACUAACCGACCCAGACACUCAUGUGCUAAAUUUGUCAUUUGGAAUAGAGAAAAGGAUAUUUCUAGUGUAUUUACAGUGCGCUUCCUCAUUAGAGCCUCCAGCUGGAGACAAGACCAAAAAAAAGAGGAAAAACUGAAUACCGUCUCGCCUAGUCUAGUCAAAUUGAUUACCAUCCGCUUUUCAUCAUCAAGGAUAUCUCCAAGUUGUUCCAGACACGCUAAACUAAACACUAACCAAACAAUUAAUUGUUGUUUUAAGUUUUUGUUUGGUAAUUUUUUCUCCCAUCUACGGUCUCUGCGUUGAUUUACUAACCUCUUCGUCCUGUAUAUAAUUAUCGACGUGUAUACAUAUGUAAAUGUGGGUAUUUAUGUACAUAUAGUGAAAUCCAUCUGUGAAGUGAACGAAAUAGUUGAAUGAUUAGGAUCCAUUAAGCUUUAGUGAGUGCUGAGAACACUAUUUUCCACUAGAUAUUUCGGGCGGUGAUUCUAUGCCAGGAAGAAAAAGGACUCUCAUAUAAAUGUUAGUAUAGACUCAGGAUUAUGGAACUCCUGAAAUUAAUGAUGUAUAAAAGUGAUUUAUUGUCGAGUGUGAAUAACAACUGCGAGGAUGAUCGUGUGCCGCCCAUUCACUUGGAUCAGUUACCAGACUUUUUGAUAUCAACCAUACCCAAAUGUGGUGGAUGUCACGAACUCAUCCUGGACCGAUUCAUCCUCAAAGUCCUGGAGCGAACGUGGCAUGCAAAAUGCCUGCAAUGUAGUGAAUGUCAUGCUCAGCUCAACGAUAAGUGUUUCGCUCGAAAUGGUCAACUAUUCUGCAAGAACGACUUCUUCAAGUCACACAGGCGAUACGGGACAAAAUGUUCAGCCUGUGAUUUAGGGAUUCCGCCGACACAGGUGGUUAGACGUGCCCAGGAUAAUGUCUACCACUUGGAAUGUUUCUCGUGUGCCAUGUGCUCGCGACAACUCAACACCGGCGAUGAGUUCUACCUGAUGGAGGAUCGGAAGCUGGUCUGCAAGCCUGACUAUGAGGCGGCCAAAGCGAAAGGAUUGUAUCUGGACGGGUCGUUGGACGGGGACCAGCCUAAUAAGCGGCCGCGAACGACAAUUACGGCGAAACAACUAGAAACCCUUAAGACUGCUUACAAUAAUAGUCCGAAACCGGCCCGGCAUGUUCGAGAACAGCUGUCGCAGGACACGGGUUUGGAUAUGCGAGUGGUGCAAGUGUGGUUUCAAAAUAGGAGAGCCAAAGAGAAGCGUCUUAAAAAGGAUGCCGGCCGUACUAGGUGGAGUCAAUAUUUCCGUUCAAUCAAAGGCGGAGGGUCACCGCGGCAUGAUAAAUUCCUAGACAAAGAUGACCUCAAGGGGGAUUAUGAUAGUUUUAGCCAUCAUGAUCUAAGUAACGAUAGUUACAGUACAGUAAAUCUAGGAUUAGACGAGGGUGCAUCACCACAUAGUGUACGCGGGUCGUAUAUGCAUGGGAGUAGCAGUCCACCGCCAUAUCCAGCUAGUCAUACACCUCCGCCCAUGGGACAAGGACAUACGUUUGGUUCAUAUCCAGAUAAUAUAGUCUACACACCUAUAGGACAACCAGUCAAUUCUCUUCUCCAUGGUUCCAAUGCGCACGGUGGUGGUUUACCCGGGAGCGGUGUAUCAGAUUUAAGUAACGAUUCUAGUCCAGCUCACGGGUAUCCUGAUUUUCCGCCAAGUCCUGACUCAUGGCUAGGCGAUUCAGGUGCAAAAACAGCUGCAUCAGUUAUCGAACGAAGUAAUAACAUUAAUUUUCGUACCAGCAACAAAAUCAACAAUAAUAGCACGAAAGCAAGUAUAAAUACAACAGCAACUACUGUGGAAAAUUCAAGUCUACUGAGAAGUUUCCAUGAAAAUCAAUUUGCCGACCAGUCACUUAUUUUCACCCAUAAGGGUCAUAGUUAAUAAAUAAUUGUUCGAUUGAUACCAGUAAAAUUUGCCUCCCCAAUUUUAUCAGAACCUUCAGAGGAAAUAGAUGAGAGAUAGAGAUAAUUCGGUGUGAUUUCUCUAUUAUUUUAUUGACACUAAUUAAUGUCAAAUAUUAACUUUGUACAUAAAAUUUAAUGAAAGCAAAUUUAUUUAAACUUUUGAACCAUUUUCCUCAAAUCUUUUACUAGAACGAACCUUAACAUCAAACCAAAUUGUAGAAACAACUCGGGUCAAACCAUAUUUAUUUCCUUGUUUUUGUUUAAUUUAUUAAAAAUGAUGUAAAUAGAAACUAAUAUAUCCUCUAAAAAUAUAUUUAUUACGAUCGAAAUUUAGUCGACACCCGAUUUUUUUGAAAAGGUGGAAAAUGCGGAAAAAUCAAAUAACAGAAUCAGCAAAAACAAAAUUCACUCUAGUCCAAAUAAUUCAUGUAGAUAAAUCCAGUUAUAAAAUGACUAAUAUAAAAUUGAAAAUAUAUAUAUAUCGUAUUUAUUUCGUUAUUUCACUUAUGUUAUGUUUGGAUGUACAUCUAGAAAAAAAACUAACGAAAAUCCAGAAUUUUUGAUGUGACUCUGAUAGUCCUGACAAUUGCAAUUAAAAUCAAAUUGAUCAUGGAUUGACACCAUCAACAUCAAAAGCUUUAGAACUAUCUUCAGUUUUUAUUGAACCAUAAUUCCAUUCGUAAUUUCACAAAUUAACACUUUUCCUAGUUACAAUCGAAACUACUAUUUAAAAAAAUCAUUUGAAAAAAGGCAAAAUCCUUUGAUGAGUCCUUGAUCAGUUUUAAAAUAUUAAAAUCAACUGAAUCCAUACUGAUUCGAAAUUAGGAGCCGAAUUAAAACUAUUAGAAUAUUACAGAAGUGCUUCAAUUAUUGAAAUAAAAUUAAUAGAAACUACCAAAGAAUUGUUCGAAAAGAAAGCGAAAAAAAAAUUUUCUAUUGUAAAUAAUGUAAAUGUAUCCACAUGAGAAAAGACAGAAACAGAAAAAAAGUAUUUAAAUUAUACAUAGACAUGCAUAUUAUUAAAUAUGUGAAACGUGUCCUAAGAAAAUAUUUAAAAAAGA